CGCUAACAAACAAACCUAAGUCCCACAGAUGACGAGAAGCUGUCAUUCCAAACUUAGAAAUUGAGUGUAAGAAACAUGUAUUUGCAUCCGCCUUAAUCCUGCCUAUUUAACCCGCCAUCAUGAACAUUAAGCACCUCAAGAACAUCCUCCCGCCCCAGGACGGGGCAGCCAAGAUCACAGCGCUGGCCUGGUCCCCCAACAAUGUGAAGCUAGCAGUGGCCACAGCAGAGAGAGUGGUGCUGCUGUUUGACGAGCAGGGAGAGAGACGGGACAAGUUUUCCACCAAGCCUGCUGACCCCAAGUAUGGCAAGAAGAGCUAUUUGGUGAAAGCCAUCGCCUUCUCCCCCGACAGCACCAAGAUUGCUAUCGGACAGACAGACAACAUUAUAUAUGUGUACAAGAUUGGUGAAGACUGGGGGGAGAAGAAGGUGAUAUGCAACAAGUUCGUGCAGUCCUCCCAGGUGACGUGCCUCGCCUGGCCGUUUGAGGGACCCAUCGUCUUUGGCCUGGUGGAGGGAAAAGUGCGCGCCGCCAACGUCAAGACCAACAAGUCCCAGACGCUGUUUCAGACUGACUCCUAUGUGGUCUCUGUUACUCCAAACUUACGUGGAACAGCCUUCCUCUCAGGUCAUGCUGACGGGUCAAUAGUGCGCUUCUAUGUGGCAGAUGACCCCUACCCAGAGCCCCAGGGCAAGAUCAUCUCCCACCCUGUGCCGCCUUACACCGUGGCCUGGAGCAGCAGCAGCAUCAUCGUGGCGGGCAGUGACAAGCGAGUGGUCAUGUACAGCAAGAUGGGGAAGGUACACCAGCAGUUUGACUUCAGCCGUGAUGCCUCCGAGAGAGAGUUUUCCUCCAUCGUCACCAGUCCCAGCGGCCAGGCUCUCAUUGUGGGCAGCUAUAACAGGCUGCGUAUCUUUGACUUCAACACAUCACGAGGACUGUGGGAGGACAGAGGCACCCGGGAAUUUGACGGCAUUUACACCAUCACCUCACUGGCCUGGAAGCGCGAUGGCUCACGGCUGGUGUGUGGGACGCUGUGUGGGGCUGUUGAGAUAUUUGACUCUGUGCUCAGGCGGUCAGUGUGGAAGAACAAGUGGGAGAUGACCUACGUUGGCCCAUCACAGGUCCUGGUGAAACCCCUGGCUGGGUCGGGGCCCUUCGGAAGCCGCGGGGUCAUCCUGAGGUCACAGUAUGGGUUUGAAAUACAUGAUGUCAGGAUUAUGGGGAAGGACCGGUACUUGGUGGCGCGGACCAAUGAGACACUGCUGCUGGGGGACCUUCACCGCAACCUUCUGAGUGAGGUGCACUGGACAAUGGAGCCAGGCACAGAGAAAUUCUACUUUGACAAUGAAAAUGUGUGCAUGAUUUUCAGUGCUGGCGAGCUGUCCCUGGUAGAAUAUGGCAAUAAUGACCUGCUGGGCUCUGUACGGACAGAGUUUAUGAACCCUCACCUGAUCAGCGUUCGGCUUAACGAGAGGCGGCAGAGAGGUGUGGAUGACAACAAGAAGAUGGCCUACCUGCUGGACCUCAAGACCAUUUGUAUAGUUGACCUGACGUAUGGUCUGACGCUGGGCCAGGUGACUCACGACUCGCACAUAGACUGGCUGGAGCUGAACGAAACGGGGUCACAGCUGCUGUUCAGGGACAAACGACUCAGACUGUUGCUUGUUAAUGUGGCCUCACUCAACAAGUCAACGAUACUCAACUACUCUACGUUUGUCCAGUGGGUGCCAGGCAGUGACGUGGUGGUGGCACAGAGCCGUGAGCAGCUGUGUGUGUGGUACAACAUCGACACCCCAGAGAGGGUCACCACCUUCCACAUCAAGGGGGAGGUGACAGAUGUGGAGCGUGUGGAUGGACGGACAGAGGUGAUAGUGCAGGAUGGGGUGCAGGAGCUGUCCUACGCUCUGGAUGAAGGCCUGAUUGAGUUUGGCACAGCUGUUGAUGAUGGGGACUACCUCAGAGCCAUGAACUACUUGGAGACACUGCCACUUACUGCGGAGGCUGAGACAAUGUGGAGGACCCUGGGGCGCCUCACACUGGAGGGCCGACACCUGUACAUUGCCGAGAGGUGUUUUGCGGCCCUGGGGGAGGUGUCUAAGGUCCGGUACUUACAGGGCAUCAACCAGAUUCGCGAGUUGGUGCAGGAACAGACAGGAGAGGAGGGCAUGGAGCAUUAUGAGGUGCAGGCCAGACUUGCCAUCCUGGAGCAGCAGUUCAAGACAGCAGAGAGCAUUUACCUGGACAACAACCAGCUGGACGCCGCCAUGGAGAUGUACCAAGACCUGCACAAAUGGGACGAAGCGGUACAGUUGGCAGAGAUCAAGGGUCACCCAGAUGUGGAGUCGCUGCGGCGUGCACACACUCAGUGGCUGCUGGACACAAACCAGGAGGAACGCGCCGGCCAGCUCAAGGAGGCCGAGGGGGACUUCUCAGCGGCCAUCAACAUGUACCUCAAGGCUGGAAUGCCUGCUAAGGCCUCCAGGCUAGCCACCAGCGUCACAGAACUUCGCGAGGACCCUGAGAUGAUUUCCCGCAUUGCCACCGCCCUGCUGAAGGCCGACCUCUUUGAACAGGCUGGGGAGUUGCAUGAGAAGGUCGGCCAGCCACAGAAGGCCCUGGAAAGUUACCGGAAAGGUCAUGCUUACUCUAGGGCAGUGGAGUUGGCACGGCACAUGUUUCCUUCAGAGGUGGUGCAGCUGGAGGAGGAGUGGGGUAACGAGUUGCUGGCCAAUAAGCAGGCGGAUGCGGCCAUCAGUCACUUCAUCGAGGCCGGCCGCACUGUCAAGGCCCUGGAGGCAGCCAUCGCAGCCAGGCAGUGGAAGAAGGCCAUGCAUAUUAUUGAGGUGAUAGAUGAUGAGACUGCCCUGAAGCCUCACCUGAUGAAGCUUGGCCAGCACUUCGCCUCCCUCAAUGAACUGCAGAGGGCGGAGUACUUCUACCUCAAGGCUGGCAUGUACAACGAAGCCAUCACCAUGUAUAACCAAGCAGGGGAGUGGGAGAGGGCACACCAGCUGGCCAGUAAGUACAUGGGAGCAGACAAGGUGGCAGUGAUGUACGUGAACCAGGCACAGGUGUUGGAGGAGCAGGGCAAAUUCAGGGAGGCAGAGAAGCUGUAUAUAUCUGUCCAUGAGCCUGACCUCGCUAUUACCAUGUACAAGAAACAGAGGCAGUUUGAUCAGAUGAUGCGUCUAGUGAAGGAGUACCAUGCAGAUCUCGUCCAGUCCACCCACCUCCACUUGGCCUCACAGCUGGAGCAGGAGGGGAAUUACCACGACGCAGAGAAGCACUAUAUUGCUGCCGAGGACUGGAAGGCUGCCGUCAACAUGUAUCGCGGUGUUGACAUGUGGGAGGAGGCAUAUAGAGUGGCCAAGCAGCAGGGAGGGGCCAGCGCAGGCAAGCAGGUGGCCUUCCUGUGGGCACGGACCCUGAGAGGUGACGCAGCCGUGAAGCUUCUCAAUAAAUUCGGCCUCUUAGAGCAGUGUAUCGACUAUGCCUGUGAGAGUAUGCAGUUUGAGUUUGCCUUUGAGUUGUCUCGCAUCGCCAUGAAGCAGAAGCUGUCUGAGAUCCACUACAAGUAUGCCAUGGCGCUGGAGGACGACGGCAAGUACAGGGAGGCUGAGGCAGAGUUCAUACAGGCAAACAAACCCAAGGAGGCCGUGCUCAUGUACGUGCACGCACAGGACUGGGAGAGUGCACAGCGGGUGGCGGAGGCGCACGACCCAGACUCUGUGGGGGACGUGUUGGUGGGGCAGGCCAAGGUGUCCUUUAAUGAGAGGGACUACCACAGGGCCGAGGCACUGCUGCUCAGGGCACAGCGGCCCGAACUGGCUGUCAAGUUCUACAGGGACAGCAACCAGUGGACAGAGGCACUGCGGGUGUGCAAGGAGUACCUACCCCAUAAACUGAGCGCCCUUCAGGAUGAGUAUGACCGCACUGUCCUCAGCAAGGGCUCCCAGGACGCUCAGGGCCUCCUCCGCCAGGCCAGGCAGUGGGAGGAGUCUGGCGAGUAUGGCCGGGCGGUGGACUGCUAUCUGAAGGUGACGCCAGGCAUGAGCAACGACGCCAACUUGCUGGAGAAGGCAUGGAGCAAGGCAGGGGAGCUGGCUGUGAAGUUUUUGCCAGAGGAUAAGGCUGACAAUGUUGCAAGAAUGUUAGGCCCACGUCUUCUGGAGAUCAAGAGGUACACAGCUGCAGCCCAGAUGUUCCUGGCUGGUGACCUGGUGAAGGAGGCCAUAGAUGCGUUUAUAACAGGUCAUGAGUGGAGCAAGGCCAAGAAGGUUGCCAGUGAGUUUGACCCGAGGUACGAGUCUUACGUGGACUCUGCCUACAAGGACUUCCUGAAAACUGAGGGCAAGGCAGAGGCUUUGGCUGACGUGGACCUGACGGGCGCACUAGACAUGUAUGUGGAGAGUGGCCAGUGGUCCCGCGCCCUGGAGACAGCUGCCUCGCACGGCCCACAGCUGCUGCAUAAGUACCUGGCUCGCUAUGCCUCCUCCCUCAUCAAGGAUGGCCAUGCUGUGAAGGCACUGGCCCUCUACAAGCAGUACGGGGCGCCUCCCUUCACUCAGAACUUCAACAUCUACCGCCGCCUGGUGCUGGAUCUCCUGAGCCUCCACCACCUGUGUGCCCCUCAGGCUUACCACACCUGGGCCGACCUGCGUGACAUCCUCCUCUCCCUCGUCGACAACCUCCGCCAGCAUGAGGAUACUGAUGGGGUCCUUGCAGAGUUUGAAUUGCUGCUGUUACUGGCACACUACCUGGCUGCCCGCUCAGCCUACAUGGCCACACCACAGCUGGAGAACCUAUCUGCCAAGGUGUCUGUGUCCGUACUGCGCUACACACACAUCCUCCCUGCUGACAAGGCUUUCUAUGAGGCAGGGAUGGCUUGCAAGGAAGUUGGCUGGAAGAACAUGGCAUUUGUAUUCCUCAAUCGGUUCCUGGACCUGUGUGAGGCUAUAGAGGAGGGCUCCCUGGACUCCCUCGACCACACAGACUUCAUCGACACAGAUAUCCCUUAUGAGAUCCCCCUCCCUGACACACUGUCCAUCCCUGAGCCCUUGAGGGAGGAGGCCAAGGAGUGGGUGCUGGCUGUCUCCAUGGAUCAGCAGGUGGAGCAGGUUCUACCAAUGGAUGAACGGAUGGUAUACGAAGCAUCACUAAUGGGCAACGAUGGCGCCAGCUACCCCCCCUGCGUCAUCUCCGGCUAUCCUGUCAUCCGUAACCGUCUGGACCUGAAGCGCGGACAGGCAGCCAACAAGGAAGAUUGGAACAAGCUGGUGAUGGCGACGAAGAUGGCAAGCACUCCGGAGUGUCAGGAUGUGCUCAAGUUCAUCACUGCUUGGUGCGGUGGCCUCCCCACCAUGGGAUACAACUUCCAGUGAGGCGGCAGUGAUGGUGGUGGUGGUGGGAAGUAAUGAGGUGUUGUAGAGGUGAGGGAAGAUGUGUUGAAGUGUUUUAGAGGCAAGGAAAGAUGUGUUGAAGUAUUUUAGAGGUGGUGGGGAAAAAUAAUUAAAUGUUUCAGAGGUGAGGAAAGAAGAAUUGAAAUGUUUUUAAAGAUGAAGGAAAAUAUUGAAAUGUCUUAGGGAUGGUGGGGGAAAUAAUGAAACAUUUUCCUUCAGCUAGCAAUCCUUUCAUUCAGAGAGGAGCAGGACAUAUUCAAGUGACCCAAGCUUUCAGGAAAAUUUUUUGCCUGUCCACUGAUUACAAAGAUAUGAAGUGAGUGUGUGUUUAUGUGAGAGGCAGCGGUGAGUGACUGUGGUUCAUAAACAUACUGUGGGGGACAUACUGUGGGCUGAGAGAGAGAGAGAGCCCCAAAAGUAUGCUUAUAAGUCACAGUUGCCCACUUUCCUCCCUCCCUCCCCCAACUUCUUUACCUCCCACCAAUCUCCCCCUUAUAAGUCACAGUUGCCCACUUUCCUCCCUCCCUCCCCCAACUUCUUUACCUCCCACCAAUCUCCCCCUCCCCUACAACCCCCUCUUUCCCUGUGUGUGUGUGUGCGUGUGUAUACCUGUACUCCCUUACCACAAAAAAGACCACUAGCACCAAACAAGUAAACAAUAUUAACAGGUAAACUCCAAGAAUCAACAAGUACAUUACAAUAAGCCCUACCAUUAAACCUUGUGUGCACUUUUAUUAAUAAGAGUACAAAAAUACACCUAUAUAUUUGUAUCAAAAGGGUUAGAACUCCAAAAUAUAUACAAAUGUUAUAAUGAAGGAGCUUUUCCGAUACAAAGUGUAGUUUUAAUAUACAGACAGGUAAGCUUUUGCACACCUGUUUAACCUCUUCUUGCUUCUCUACUUUUCUUGUCAUUUCUCUUAUGUCUUUUCUUUCUUCUCUCCAUGUCUACUACUGUAUGUACUCUUCAUUCUUCCUCCUUCUCAUUCUUUCUUCUUGCAUCUUAAUAUAAUUCUUCUGUACAUGAUUAUCCUCCUUUUCUUAUAUGCUUGCUAUUCUUUUCAUUUCUUUAUUUUCUCUCACCAUCUACACUUUAGUUAGUCUCCUCUACACUUUGUUCUUCUUUCUCCUCUUUUUCCUUCUUUUGUCUUAAUAUCAUUCUUCUACAUGUGAUUAUUCUCCUUUUUCUUCAUGCUUUUUCAAUGUUCUCUCACCAUCUACACUUUCGUUACCAUCUCCUCCACACUUCACUCACCCACCCACUCACUCACUCACUCACUCACUCACUCACUCACUCACUCACUCAGCACUUCCUACAGCCGAUCAGUUUCUCAAGCUACAUUCUGCAAAUCUCUAUCUACCAAUUCACCUAAUAAUAAUUGCAUCACUCACAAAUCCAGCUUGAGAAAUUGAUCUUAUAUAAAAUAAUACAAAGCACUUUUACAUGACAAUUUCUAUAGUUUUGCACAUUUGAUUACACUUUUCCCCUAUUCCUUGAUUUCCCCUUGCCCUUUCUUCUUUCCUCCAUCCCUCCCCUUCUGUUCUCUGCCUACUAACUAUUUUUUUUUUUCUCUCUCUCUCCCCUUCCUCCUCUUUUUUUUUCCCCCUCCCUGCCUAACCUAUCUAAUUUUCUCCCUCUGUGCCUUCCCUCUGUCCUCCCCACUUUCAAUUCUUUCUUUGCUCUCUGAUCUCUACCCCCUCUACAUCUAUCUCCCAUCCCCACUAUCUCAAAUCCUAACCUAUCCUACUACAAUCUUAUCCCAAACACCCCUAAUCCAGUGUUCUCCUACUACAAAUUCCGAGUUCUCUUUCUCUAUACAGGGACUGCCACAUGUAGGCCUGAUGGCUUCCUGCAGCUUCUCUUGUAUUCUUAUGUUAUGUUUACUCUACCUUACCACCACUACUAGUAUUAAUAGCUAAGCAUUCACGAGCCUCACCUUGUGUUUCCUCAGCACCAAAGAAUAAUUCCGUCCAGUAACUAUUCUAGUCCAAGGAGUGAUAUAUUUAUAUGUACACGAUAUUAAAUUAAAAUUGAUAUGAAAAG